AUGGUUAAAACACUCAGUUAAUUAUAAAAGCACAGGUUUAAAAAUGGCAUGUAAGUUGCAAGCUUAAAAAGAAUUAAGAUUUCAUUUCAUGGCUGCUUAUUGAUGUAUACCGAAGUUCAUGCAUUUCUACAGUUUUACCUGCUUCUACUACACCAUUAAACCGAGUUCACUGAGUACUCUCUCCAGCAUGGUGAUUUGGAGGAGGAGUUAUCUGUCUGUCAGCUUGUGCAGGGCAUGCAAGGGUGGCAGAAUAGUAAAACGACUGCUUCCUAACGGGCUGAAAUACAGCAGAGCAGGUCAGUGUCAUCCCAUCAGAACAGUGAGAAGCAGGCUUCCACAACAUUAUGGAAGAACAGAAGUCACGAUCCCCAAACAGUCUAAUUACCUGGUCUGGUGGGUCAGUGACAUCUAAGCUCUCUGCCAGUUCAGCAGCUGCCGUAGCCCUUGCAGAGGCCGAAGAGGCCAAAGUAAAAUAUGCAGAUUAAAAUGCAAAAAGCAUGUUUAGAUGCAGAGAAAGUAUGCUUAGACGCACAACUUGAUGUCCUAAAUGCUGAAACACAUUUCCCCAGUAGUCUCACAGUCAGCAUAAACAGGCGUGUAACCUACCCUGAUAUAAAUGUCGCUGGGCCAUCACAGAGCAUUCAGGCUUUAGAGAACAGAAGCACAAUGUUUAUUUCGGCCAUGCCAGACUACCUGAAAACCACAGUCACUUACCUGCAGAUACUCACCACCAUGGUGUGGUUCAGCCAUCAGCCUCAGAGAGAGAGAAAAAGAGAGUCAUAGCCAAAAAGGUAGUGGAAAACUGGUGACCUGCAGGAAGUCAAGGGCAAAGCAAUGCCAACAGCUGAUGAGUGCCUUACCCCCAGAGCGAUUAAGACCAGCAGCUCCCUUUGAAUUCACCGCCAUGGACUUAUUCGGACCUUACCAAGUAAGAGAUGAGGUGAAGAAGAGAGUGAGACUAAAAGUCUGGGGCAUUGUCUUCAGCUGCAUGGCAUCCAGGGCUAUCCAUGCUGACAUCGUGAGUGACCUGUCGACAGAGGGAUUCCUGCUGGCCUACCUAAGGUUUACAUUGCUGAGAGGACAUCCCAGCAAGGUAUGGUCUGACCCAGGCACAAACUUUGUAGGGGCAAAACCAGCCCUUGAUGACCUCUACAGAUUCCUAGAACACCUGGAGAGGUCAGGAGUUGAAGAGAAAGCUGCCAAGCAUGGCACCAAAUGGUCCUGGAAAACUCACCCUGCAGACUCCCCUCACAGAAAUGGAGCAGCUGAAGCCGCGGUCCGGACUGUAAAAAGAGCCUUGCAGAAUCUAGGUGGUGAUGGUGUCUUCACAUGGGGAGAAUUCCAGACAUUCGUAUGUAUGGCUGCCAACUUGGCUAAUGAAAGGCCAAUAGAUGCAAGAGCACAAGUUCAGGAAGACUGUAUUGAGUAUGUCACUCCAAAUUCACUCCUGCUGGGUCGGGCCCGCUCAAGAGGAGAUCCAGGAGACUUCCAGUUUGAGGGUUACCCCUACAAGAGGCUGCGUGUGAUUCAGUCAGAGGUAAACAAGUUCUGGAAGAAGUGGAGCCAAUUGGCGGGCCCAAACCUCUUUGUCAGAAACAAGUGGCACACAAGAGAGAGAAAUGUUGCAGUAGGCGAUGUUGUCUGGCUUGCUGACCAGAAUGCUGUAAGGGGCCAUUUCAAGCUGGCCAGAGUGAUCAGCGUCAACCCCGACAAAGAAGGGACGGUAAGAGACGUUGAAGUCCGGGCAUUUCCCAGCUACCCAGUAUUCAUCAAGGAGCCAGCUCGUGUGAGAAACACAGACAGGACAACCAAGGUGGGAAGGAAGUCCAUUACAAAGAUACCCGCCACAAUUCUCCACAGAGAUGUGAGGCGUCUUGUCGUCUUACUACCAGUGGAGGAGCAAGUUAGUCAAGAUCCAGAAGUGGAUGAGUAAUGUGACCUCCUUGGGUUCCAGAACCAGGAGCUCAAGUGGGAGGUGUGCUGUCAGAUCCUGUGCAAGACUUUUAUUUUGAAAACCAAUGUGAGGCGAUGUUUUGUUUGGUGUUUGAAAGAGACUUUUGUGUUGAAGUUUAGGCAACAGGAAACAAGACUGGCAGCCAUUUUCUUUUAUAUGAGAAUGUUGAGCACAAAGAAUGUCACCUGGAGCAGAGUUUGUGUUGGUGUAAGCCACUGUGUUUGAAGUGUAAGCCAUUUUCAGGGAGGCUACUGGUUUUCAACUUGACUUCAUUCUUAUUUUGAAAAUAAAUCAAAGGAAAGAAGAUUUGGCGUCCGAGUUGUUACACCUUACCCUGAGGCUUUAGCAGUGGCCCAAUACUGUCAGUGGAAUGGCCGGUGCUGCAUUACUCAUCACACUCGGCUGGACUGUGUUACACCGCCCAGAGGAACAGGACUUAAAAGGAUUAACUCUUUGUUCUCAAAGCGCUAGGCGAUCAAUAACAGAAAGAGGGUCCAGACAUCUCUAUUGCAAAACACACAUCGGAAGAGAGACCCUGCUGCUCUCAACACACAUGUGCUUAUAUACACACUCUCGUUCUAUCCUGAGAGCUCUCACUGCUCGCGGUGGUUCCUGUGAACAAAGAUGGACAGAAAGCUGUCUGGUUUUCCUCACACCUCCCAAACACACACCAGUAAGUAGGUGGACUGGUUACUCCAUCAUAGGUGCGAAUGUGUUUGGGGUCCAUGAUGAAUCCAGUCUCACGCCCAGUGUUCCUGGAAUAGGCUCUAGAUCCACCACAACCCCGACCAGGAUGAAGUUCUUAAUGAAUUUCCUCUCUCUCUCUCUCUCUCUCUCUCUCUCUCUCUCUGAGAAAGUGUAAUAUGAAUUUGUGUGAAUAUCCUGUU